AUGAACUUCGCCAACCAAACGGUUUGGCUCAAGCUGAGCAGGGCUCACGAGAGCCAGCUGCUGCCGCUGAAGCGCAGGAGCCUCGACGUGCACAUCGAGAAGAUCGAAGAAGGCCACCGCUUGAAGAGACAGCAGAUCAAAAGUUGGACCGGUUGCUCAAAGAGCAACGAGCAGCUCGGGCCUCGUCACUACCUGCAGAAGAUGAUCUUGCUGUCCGGCGCUUGGCUAUGCACCCUACGGCUGAGGGAAAUGAAUCUCAAGGAAGAAGAAGAGAGGGAAGUUUGGCACCUCAACCUGGACAUCAUGGAGGGCAUCACGAUGCAUCAGCUGGCCAGCUGGCCGGGGCUGGAGGUUCUGAACUACCUCAAGGACCAGGUUCGGGACUACCUCAUCCACCAGGAGGCGGAUUCUUUGGUGGGCAAGGUUCUUUGGCUGGAACUCCACAUCAACCUGGAGCUCCACACGGUGAUCCAAGAAUGGGCACGCCUGCAAGCACAAGUGGUGGAGUUGAUGGUCGUGGAACUGCAACACAUCCUGGGCUACCACAUGGUGAUCCCUCAGGUGCAGGUGGACCUCCCGGGUCAGGACCAGAUCCUCCCCCAGGCCUUCAUGGUGGACAACCUCAUGGGGAGGCUCCUGGCCCUCGACGACUACGUGGCCGAGGAGAAGAUCGUUGGUGCCUUCCUGAUUUGGACGAUGAUGAGCAGCGGUGAAGGUUGUGAUGAUGGUCCACUACCCACCAAGCUGGCAGAUCGCAUUCGCACUUCAAAGUCUUGGGCCGCUUGGGCGCCGGGACUUGUGGCUGCAAUCAAGGAAUCGCUGCGGAGGUUGCUUGGCGUUUUGGAGGAGGAAAGUCGAAGUGGUGACACCCACAACAUGUCCAAAAUGGACCUUGCAGCCUGGCACCGACACAUCAAACAGGGGCACAUUCCCUUUCGUGCUGACUGCCGAAUCUGCGGUGAAGCGAUGGGCUGUGAUAAACCUCACAAAAGACUUGGGGGGAGUGCAACGAAGUUCACUAUGUCAGCGGAUCUAUGUGGACCCUUCCCUGCUGGUCGUGACCUCGGCACUGGAGUGACCUGUAAGUAUGCACUGAUCUCUACUGUGGCCGUGCCCAUCGUCUCAGAGCUUCCAGGCGAGGUUGCCGAGCCCUAUGACACUGCAGACGACGUCAAGCACACUGAGGACCUGCCUUGUGAUCCUGAAGAGCGAGAGAUGCUCUCGGAUGAUGAAGUUCAGCGGCUCAAUGAGUUGGCACAGAUUGAAGAGGCCCAAGAAGCUCCUGGACACCAAAAUAUCACGUUUGCUGAGGUGAUCCCAGACAGAACUGUGGAGUCUUUGGUCCGUGCCCUUUCUCGACUACAUGCCAAGUACCGCAUGCUGGGCAUCCAAGUGUACCGCCUCCACACAGAUCGAGAACGAUCUUUUGCCUCAGCGAUCAUGGAUUUGCAGGAGGUGCCAUCAAUCAAGCACCGCAUUGUGGGGAAACAUCCACCACCUCUACCUGACCAUCCUCUUGCUGGAGCCGUGGGCGCCUUGUAUGAUAAGUCGGACCCAGCUCUUGCUGCAUGCCGAGCUGGGGGGGAGGAUCCUUUGCCCUUUUUGGACGAGUUUGGCUGCUCCUUGGCACUUCAAUGUGAGGAUGAAGGGGAGUCGGAGGAGGUUGUUGGAGGCUCCACGCCCAAGACUCAUGAUCAAGGUGAUCAAUGUCAACACCCUGACCUUCCGGGGGAGCUGGAAGAUCCUAUGUGCUGCUCACGACAACAGGCAGAGCAGUGGCAUGAACUUGAACAACAACGUCACUUGGCUUUGAAGCAGCUCUGGUGUCAAGGUCUUCGAGAAGUUGCAGUUGGUGAAGACGCUGGGAGCGUUCAUGGCAGCUGGCUUCGUGAAGUUGAAUUGCUGCUCCGAGGUGCUGAAGAUCAAUUGUCGUUUCAGCAUUCCUCCUUGCAGAACUACAAGAUGGCUUCUCUGGCUCCAAUGGCUGGUUCAACUGAGGUCCCAGUCACGGUGCUCCAGACCUACACGGUCUCACUACAGCAGGUCCGCAAGGAGUUGGAAAAAUGGAAGCCUCCCUUGCGUGAUGAAUAUGGUCAACUGGUCUCAUCGACCCAGGCAAUCAAGCCAACUACUGAAGAAAAGUUGGUGCUCGUCGAAGCUGGAAUAUGUCCUCCCACCGAACUUUGGGAGAUAUCCCACGCUGUCUACGGGUUGAACGAUGCCCCGGCAAAUUGGUCGCACUAUCGCGACAGAGAACUCCCUCAGCUGCGGUUCAAGGCUGAGGGUCACGAGUACCAAUUGGUCACCACGCCCGAGCCUAACCUCUGGAAGCUUGUCAAAGUCUGGCCUAACAGCAUCCCUGAGGACGACACGUCGGAGGGCUUCUUGGCAGUGUACGUUGAUGAUAUGCUGGUUGCUGCUCCAAGUCCACUGGCUCAGGCAGUGAUUGAUGGAAUCAGGGCUCGUUGGCGCUGUUCAGAACCGGAGUGGGCAUCGUCAGAAAAGUCCCUUAAGUUUUGCGGCUUCGAGAUCAAGUGCCGCCCAGGUGAGGUCAUCCUGAACCAGACCUCCUACACUCGAGAUCUCCUUGCGCGCCACGAAGGUCCAGCCACCGUCCAUGUGCCGGACUCAGUGCUGGGCUCAGCGCGCAUGGCAGCAAGGCCGAUGGUUCCGACAGAGGAGCAGUGGGUGGGCUACAGUUUUUUCCGUGACAACCCACCUCAACCUCCGCUGCCUGAACAUGCCACCUUGGAUUCACAAACGAGCUCUUCAACCCCUGCUGGCCAGACGACGGGAAGCUCCUCGACACCGACGCCACCUGGACAGUCGCUUUCGACCUCGCAGGUCAGUGCGUCAUCGGGGCCUCCGCCGGUUCGACCAGAAGAUGAGCUGCUGAGAGGGAUCAGGAGGGUUCGAAGAGGCUCAACAGAUAGCUCCACAGGAACACCAACGAGCACCUUGUCCUCGACGAUGACGGCAUCGACUCGCGGCAUGGAUGCUAUGGAAGCACCUCUCACUCUCGGCUACCUUGGCCGAAUGAGGGGACAGGAGAAUCGAGGAGAGAGGCCUGCGCCACCCAACAUGCAGGUUCCUCUUGAGGAAGAGCGGUCGGAUUGGAUCCUCUCGCUCCAUUCCGAAGGUUUGCUGCUUGCCCGGCAUCCCAACUUGCCGGAUGAAGCGACGCCUCAAUGGUUGGGCAUUCAAAUGCCUGUGGCUCGGAGCUCGCGCCCUGCCGGCGCUGGACGACCAAGUGAGGCCUCCAGGCCCGCGGCUCGAAGUGAGGGCAACAGGCCCGCGGCCCGAAGUAGUUUGGGUCCCAUGCCCAUCAAUGAAGAGUGGGAUUCUGAUGGAAGCUAUGAGCUUCUGACGAACUAG